AUGCCUAAGUUGUGUGAAAAAAUUAAUCAAUUCUUAAGAUAACAUGUUGUGGAGAAAUAUCUCCUUUUAACAUCUCUUAUUUGGAAUACUAAAAUCACUCCUAUGUAAAAUUAGAGCCAUAUUAUAGAAAAUUCAACAAUUUAUGUUAAGGCUCACUAGUAUUCAAUUUUAUUAUGUUAGACAUUAUUUAAGGGAAAUGACCAGAUAAUAAAUAAUUAAUAGAUAAAAUCAAUUAAUUAUAUAAGCCCAUUAAGGAGGACUCAAAGAUUUUAGUAAAUUUUAUAAUAAUUAUUUUAGUAUAAAACAAAAAUUAAUAACAGUUUUCAGUUAUCCAAACAUUUUAAAGAAAAAUAAGUGAAUUAAAUAGUACUGCUUAAAUACAUACAUUGUAACUGAUAAAUCAAAAAGAAUUAGAAACGACUUACUUCAGCUUAGAAGACAUUGAAACAACAUACAGUUCCUACCCAGAAGAAUAGAAUUACAGUUUCAUAGAUGAGAGUCUAAUCUAAACAUAGUGA